AUGCAAUCCUCAAUCAUUGCUUUCAUGCUUAUUGGUAUUGUUAUCAUAAGCCAAACGAAUGCAAAGAGUUUCUACAAUGAUGAUGAUUUCGAAGAAGAACUCGCCGAAGCUCUCUCAAGCAUGAAACGAGGAGCCGUUUACAAUAAUCUAGCAACAAGCGCAAGAUGCACAGAGAUUGUUAUCGGUCAGGAUCACAAUGGAGGUGAUAUAGAUGCCAGUCAUACAGCGGUACAACUCUCACCAGCAGCAUGUGCUGCAUUAUGUGAGACAUAUGCAGCUUGUGUUGCAUGGACAUUCAAUGUCAACAAUGGCAAUUGUUAUACAAAAAGCAGCAUAACUGCUAGUUCCGCUACGUCCGCAGGAAUCACCGGAACAUGCAAGAAAUCAUCAAAAUAA